AUGUUCAAAUUCAUCGCAGUUUGCUUCUUCGCUGUCAUCGCUUUGGCUGCAGCAAAACCAGGUUUACUAGGCGCUCCACUUGCAGCUCCACUUGCUGCUGCACCAUUGGCAUAUAGCGCGGCUUACAGUUCACCACUAGCAUACUCUGCACCACUUGCUGCACAAUUUGCUGCACCACUUGCCGCACCAGUAGCUGCUCCACUCGCUGCACCAGUUGUUGGUACUGCUUAUUCUGCUGCACCUGUUGUAGCUGCUCCUGCUGUUGCUGCUACUCCAUUUGCCGCACCAGUUGCUGCUCGUUUAGCUGCUGCACCUUUGGCUACACCAUUCGCUGCUCCAUUUGCCGCUUCUCCAUUCGCUGCACCACUUGCCGCUGCGCCACUCGCUGCUUCUCCAUAUCUCUUGAAAUAA